GGCGACGGCACUGCGGCACUCUGCGCCGAUGAUUCACGCAUUUUUACGCUCUCGAUGCACUGCGGCGACAAUUUUCCGUUGGUUUCAGGGGACUUGCGCACCUUGGCCAUGACAGAGGUGAUCUGGACGUUGCAUUUCCUGCCGGCGGUGGUGACGAGGCCUUCAGUCGUCAGUUGCAAGACCAUUUGCCAUCUGUUCUGGAGCGCUUCAGACCUGAUCUUGUGCUUUAUCAGGCUGGUGUGGACAUACACGAGAGUAAUCCUCUGGGACAACUUCAGGCCACCGACAAGGGCAUCGAGCGCAGAGAUCGCUUCGUUUUAGAAACCUGCGGCGGCUACGCCAACAACAGCGCGGCGGCCCGAUUGCAGUUGGCGCAGAGACAUGCACGUCUAUGCCGUGUUACAGUUUCCGUGUGGGA